UCCCGGUAAUUACGUGCUGAAAUUCUCUGGGCAAAAUGUUAUUUUGAAAAAAAUGUCAUUUAAUCGCUUGCCGGACGUCAAUGAAAAUGAAGCUCUUUGUCUGCAGCAUUCUUAUCUGCUUCGCAGCAAUAGGGAGUACGAAAGUGGAUCAAUAUGGGAUAUCCCCCGACGAUGAUGACAUGAUUCUUGUGUGGAAAACCCUUUUCACCAGACUCGACAAUCUGGCGAGGGACAACGCCAAGUUGAGAGCCACUCUGGAAAAUCUAGAGAAUCGCAUUGCAUCACUGGAGGAUUGUAAAGCCUCCCAGCACAAGUGGAUAACCAUACUGAGACGCCAGGAUGGCUCGGUGGACUUUUAUCGUACAUGGUCGGAUUACAAACAGGGCUUUGGCAAUUCGACGGAGGGUGAGUUUUUCAUUGGCCUCGAUAGGCUCUAUGCCAUGACAACGAACAGCAGCCAGGAGCUGAUGAUCGUUUUAAAGGAUUGGGACAAUGAAAUGCGUUAUGCCUUCUAUGAUUAUUUCAAAAUCGGCAACGAAAAGGAAUAUUACGCCCUCAAACUGCUGGGACCGUAUAGCGGCGAUGCAGGCGAUGCAGGCGAUGCCCUACGCAUUCAUCAGGGUAGAAAUUUCUCCACCCACGAUCAGUGGAACGAUGUGGGUAAUAAUUGUGCCUCCCGAUGGAAGGGCGCCUGGUGGUAUGCCGAGUGCUAUGAGAGCCACCUAACUGGUCUUUAUAGGCCCUCGGAUAAUUACAAACAGCCGGGAGUGGGUUGGCUGAAAUGGAAAACGGAAUACUCCUUGAAAUAUGCUGAAAUGAAAAUACGUUUGAAAAGUAUCUGAACGGGGGAAAAUGUGAAAAAAAUAUUUUUAAAAAAUCCAAGCCUAUUAAUUUUCGAAAAUAA